AUGCCUCUUAUAAGUUCCUAUUUAGCUCGAUUAUUUUUUUUACCAACUUAUGGGUAUACUCAAUUAUUGUCCUAUAUUGGUAUUCGAAAGAGUUACGAUUAUAUCGAUAAUACAGUUAUUAUUGGUAUAUUACCAACUAUUGCUUUACAAAAGUAUUUGAUUAAACAAGAAAAAAUUGAUGCUGUCGUAUCAAUGAAUGAAGAUUAUGAAUUAACAUAUGUAUCGGAUCAAAGCCUUUGGACUAAACAUGAAAUUCAACAUUUACGUUUACCUACACUUGACUUUUCGAAUCCUCAAAUUGAAAAUCUUUUUCGUGGUGUUAAAUUUCUUCGAACAGUACGUAAAGCAAAUAAAACAGCUUAUGUACACUGUAAAGCUGGUCGUCAACGAAGUGCUAAUUUAGUAGCAUGUUAUUUGAUUGAUACCUAUGCAAUGGCACCAGACGAAGCUGCUCGUCAUAUUCGUUCAAUUCGACCAAGCACUAUAUUUGGUGUACAAGAAAUAAAACGUUUAAAUGAGUUUGUUGAACGUUUACGAGAAGAACAUUAUAAGAAACAACAGGAACAAAACGAAAAGAUUCAAUCGCCGACAUAG